AGAAUCUUUCCCCUCCUCGCGGGUGCUUCCAUCUCAUUUAUCCCACCAAUAUUGGCAUCACAGUCGCAAGCCCGCACCUCUGUAUCUACCAAUUUCCAUGGGCGGCUUCGACACGUUCUGCGCCCUCUGCGGUUGCUCCCUGGUUGGCAGCGAGAUCGGUUCGACGGCACCAGGCGCACUCAGACGACGGGAGAGGAUUGUGGCGCGGAAGUGCGAGGCACUGGAACGUGGCGAUUCCAUCUCGGACAUGGAGGAUGACGAGGACGAGGAUGAUGACAAGGACCGGGAGGAUGGAGCGGAUGAGGAGGACGGCGAGGAAUCGUGGUGGCCAGAUACGGAAGAUCGCAGCUACGACCCGCGCCUUGUCAGCUGGGAAAGUCUCACAUGGCUUUCUGAGAGCUGCUGCUUGGGCGUCAACCCGCGAGCCGAAGGCGAUUCAAGGGCAUUUAUCUCUGGCAAGUCGGUGGAAUGCGACUCGGGCGGUAUAGAGGUGGAGAUGGGCGAUGACCCGAACCAGCCUCCAACAGGAACGUCGCUUUUCUGCUAUUCAAAGCAGGAUCAAUCCGGCCUUCUCGUUUUCCCCUUCCACUACUGCUGUUUCAACAUCCUUGCCCAGGUACUCACUGCCGACGACGAUACGACAAAAAUUGACAAGGAUGCGCUAUUCGAUACGAUGGCCGGGCUCGUGAAAACACACUCUGUGUGCUUGGAUAUCGACUACGGCAGUAUCUCGGGCCAAGACCAGAGGUGGGAGUCUAUUCCGGGUGAAGAGUUUUCUGUGACGAAUCCGUCUCCAUCACCUUCGAUCACAGCAUUGCUAGCGCAAUACCUGGCCAAGGAUGUGUUCCAGCUACGUCCCGACCGUCUAGGGAUUACGCGGGACCCCUGUGUGCAAGAUCCUUUCUCCUCCUUGCCGCCCAAGGUGCUCCACAACGUCCUCCGCUUCCUUCCCGGCAACGAUCUACUAGGGCUCUUGAAGGCGUCGUGGCCCGCUUUUAGCGCCACUCGCCGCAACGCGUUCUGGAAGUGGUUUCUCAAGCACGACAUGCCGUGGCUAGUCGAACUGUGGCCACUCCUCGGCGAGGAAGUACAGCGUUUCGAGGUAGACUAUAAGGCCGUGUACAUGUGGCUGAACGAGGCCACGACCCCAAGGUACGGAAUGGGCGACUCCUUCAUGGUCCUCGCAAAUAGGAGGCGUAUCUGGGGCGUAUGUGAGCAGCUGGCCCCUCACUACUACCACCACCUCCAAAUGCGGACGCUGGAUGCGCCCGAGCCGGGUAUCCUCCAGGCCGCUGUCUGUAGACACAUGAUCUCCGUAUCCGACGAACCCGUGCCAAUCGGUUCUCGCGCAUUACAUAAGACUCUGUUCUUCUACUCUCAGGAGGAGGUCGGCAACAGACCGGCCAUCUACGAGGCCUACUGGGCCGAGAGUGGCUACCUGAUCGGUCUGGGCGCCGUAGUCGGCAAGCGAAGACGCAUCUUUGGGCGGGACGGUGCCGAAGUGCUCAACAGCACCAAAACAGCCAUCCGUCUCGAGAGCGGCGACCGGAUCACGGAGAUGGAGCUCCUUGUCGCGACGGCGGACCCUAACAACGGCGUGAAUGCGUUACCCAAAGUAGUUUCUGUCGAGCUAAAGACCAAAGAAAUCUCUGGGCGGGCUAGAAUGGAACGGGGCUGGAAGCGCAGUGUAGAGUUGCCGUGUAUCAGCUCGACGCUUCUCAACGUCUCCGACGGGGCAAGCCUAGUUGGUGUCGCGGGCUAUAUCGAUCAGAACAGAAUCAUACGAAGCAUCGGACUUCUCGAAAUGCCUCGUUCCGGUGCAGGCUCGUCGCCACCGGACAUGGAACGUUGUGGCCACCGUCUCUGGCCACCACGCACGCGUCGGCACCUCAUGAAGUGCGCGGGACCUGUUCCCCUGUCGGCCGACCGCGUAUAUCCUCUGGCGCCGACCGCCUCGAGAGUCAGUGCGAUCCCUGAGCAUCUGGCGCCCCAAGAGCCCCUCGAGUGGGGCCCGGUGGAUAAAUUGGAACGAAUCUCCCUGUAUGUCGGCCCGGCCGGGACGACCUUGCACGGUCUCGGAGUGCAGUUCAUCAGGAGAUUCUGGGAACCGAAGCGGUACGUCGGUAUGAGGAGGAACGUUGGCGAAGAUGAAGACCCUCCGACUUGGCCCGAGGACCAGGUAGUUCCAUUCGACGUCGACGGGCCUGGAGGCGAGCGGAUCAAUGAGAUUGCUGUGAGCGAGGGGACUGGGGAUACACUGGCAUUCAAGAUCAAGACAAACAGGGGUCGCGAGGUGUUAGUCGGAGAUCCCGGAAGCCAGGGAUGGACAUCUCAUCGCGCUCCUGAAGGAGAAGCUCUCUCCGGGCUCAUUGCAGGCUUCACAGGGAAAACGAACGUGAAGGGAUACGGGGCGUUGUCCUCGCUUCUUGUGAUCAAAUAAGGCAGUUUAGCCUAGGACGCCGACAGUUAAGAGUACAUAGACUCUUCCCCUGUGAUGAGGAAAUGAAUUCAUUGCUGGUGCCAGUUGCAGACCGCCAGAUUAGCAGUUGGUUUGGCGACGACCAGCAGAUCCCUGGGCUUGUAUGGGGUUUGAUGGUUUACGUCAAACUUGUUGGUGUGCUAGUCUCCUAGACCGCUUUUCGCAGCCGCUCGAGGUUGGGGUCCAUGCGCAUCACCGCCAGAGCUGCAUUUAGGAUCAGGGUCCCUCGCUGAUUGUCAGAUUUGCCGUGGCCUCACCAACGUUCGGAUGGUCUGCAUAGGCACAUGAUGCUCGGGCAGGCCACGGCAGCGAAGGUCUGCUGAUUCAUGUUUGGUGGUCUUUUUUUGUGUCCAAUUUGUUCCGAAUAUGUCUAUGAUACGCUCUAACGUUAUCUCUUCGUUAACC